GUUACGCUCUUAUGUCUAUCAUGUGACUCGUUCUUCAUUGCAAACGGCCGACUCAAAGGAACCUUAGAGAAAUAAAACUGAUCGAUAUGCUUGUCCCUCCUGUUGCAAAGGAUAUCCAAAGCGGUGAUCAGCAUCCAGAUGGCGCAUCGGAAGAAGAUUCCUUCGACAGCAGAGACGACAUUAUAGAGAGAGGCGAAUAUUAUUCUCCUGAGGAGUUGCAAAAAGGUUUAACUGUGUUCACGGCCGCAGUGUUCAUCACCGGAGAGAUGGCUGGGAGUGGAGUCUUGGCUCUUCCUGCUGCCAUUGUUGGAGCCGGUUGGACAGGAUUUAGUUUACUCGUUCUCUGUUGCUUUGCCUCGGGUUACUGUGGAACGGUUCUUGGGAGAUCGUGGGCGACUCUUCGUGAAAGGCAUAGCGAGUACAAGGGACACGUACGGUACCCGUACCCAGCAAUAGGAGAAAAGGCUUAUGGAAGAUGGGCGUCAUUGACUGUGACUGUCUGCAUCAAUAUCACACUGAUAGGGGUGUGUGUAGUGUUUUUGAUCCUGGCGGCGCGAAACUUGGCAAAUCUUGUCAAUUUGCACGUGGCUGAUGUUGGGAAAACCGGCGAAUUGCGUAUCUGGCUCGUAAUUUGUUUUGCUGUUCUGCUGCCAUGCUCGUGGCUAGGAACGCCCAAGGACUUCUGGGGGAUCGCUGUCGGUGCUAGUGUAGCAACAGCUGUGGCUUGUUUGAUGAUCUGCGUCUGCAUCGCAUUGGAUAUGCCGUCUGAUUUGAAUACCGUUGAACAACCUACUGUAAGCUUCGAGAGUUUCUUUUCAGCUUUCGGAACUAUAUUAUUUUCAUUUGGUGGCGCUUCAACCUUUCCAACGAUUCAGACAGACAUGAAAAAAUGCUCCAAGUUUCCAAUUUCUGUGUUCUGGGCGUAUGUUGGUGUCGUAAGCAUGUAUCUGCCUGUCUCAAUCCUCGGUUUUGUGGCUUACGGCAAGAACAUCACAUCGAACAUUCUCGAGAGCGUGAAAUACGAAGGACAUGACGCGGCUGCUGUUAUGUUAGACAUAGUGCUUGUACUGAUCACACUUCACCUGCUGUUCAGCUUUGUUAUUGUGAUAAACCCAGUAUCACAGUCUUUUGAGGAUUUUUUGAGCAUACCUCAAGGAUUUAGUGUCAAACGGUGCCUCCUUCGCACCGCCAUCAUGUGUUUUAUUCUUGGCAUUGGCGAACUCAUCCCAAAGUUUGGUCCCAUUCUGUCUCUUAUUGGAGGAUCCACAAUAACUGCAUUGACCUUUGUAUUUCCCUGUUUGUUUUAUUUGAGAAUUGAACGUAAUAUUCCUCUUCAUAUCAAGGUUUUCUUGUAUGAACUCAUAGCUGUUGGAAUUUUUGGUGGUGUGGCGUCCACCUACUCCGCAAUAAAUGACAUUCGAAAAGAAUUCAGUUAAAUCUUCAAAAUAAUAAAAAUAUCGGACUUCUUCAAUGGCUAAGGUGGGGGAGGGGUGGAGGCGAGGGCAGAAUUAGUCUCGUACACAGACCUUCCACGGCCAAGCGACAGAAAUCGAUCCUUCAUUUUGAUCAAACUAGUAGAAUCAGGGUAAGAAUUGUGUUUGAUCCAGUGAUAGUUCGUAUUAUUACUUGAUGCAUGAAAUAUGUUUGUGCUAGUUUAUUAUAAAGAGCUGUCAUCUGGCCCUCGUGUAUGAUUCACCCGAGUGCCUAAGGAAAACGGUUAUAAACAGCUCCCCGUCCAUGAAUAAAAGUACAUAAAUCGUAACAUGCAAGGCUGAUGGUUGUCUUAUUCUUCUAAAAAGAUCUGAACAUGUUGACGUAUUUGGUAAGUUUGACACAACAAGCAGCCCAGGCUCAAUCUGAGAAGUUUGAAAAAUUUAGAUAUUACAUGAUAUGACUGUUACACGAAACAUGAAAAGAAACAUGAACUGUAUGUGAAAUUCACCUUUUAGCCUAAAUAAUUUAAAAAGAGCUAGAUUUGCAAUGGAAAGUUCACCUACGGCAAAGCAUCAGGACAUAAAUAUGUAUUUUUAAACAAAACCCCACAUUAGUUUUGGGCGGUCUGUGAGAUCUGGUUUGUUAAAUGCGGCAGCAUAGAAAAAUCUGUGUUGGUGAGAAAUUUAUGUAUCGAAACGCCACGUGCCAAGCUUUAGCUUCUUGUGGGCAUGCGCACUCUUUUCACUUCCUCGGAAAUACAUCCUUUACUAAUAUCUAUUUCUGAAUGAAUGGUAUUC